AAUGUCUUGCGAGCCUGGAGAUCAUGCGAAGAAUGUGCGACAAGGCGUUGUGUGAGCCACUGGUUUCAUCUUCAGUUACCGGUAUGGAUGACAGCAAUAGUCUCCCCUCACCCGAUUACAAGACAUACCCUCCCUACCACAUGGAACCGUCAGGCUCCCAUCCAGAAGGCGUUUCCGCGCCCGUGGACACAAAACCCUCUUUCGAAGAGGUUUCGUCAUGCAACUUUGCGAGACCAAACGGCUGGGGCGAGGAAGCACAUGCCGUGGGCGACGUGAAACCCCAGGUGAGCAUCAAGCGGGAGGUCGUUGAGCAGGAGUCACGAGAUGUUGAGUCCGAAGGAGGCCAGAGCGUCAUUCGCUGCGUGGACACCAGCAUGCCUCCUCCAGACGGUGUAUGCUAUGACCCUCGAUCCAGGCGUCCGUCAGGGGGAUUCGCCCGCCCUCUUGACGUGCCUCGCGCUGGGGACGUCAUCAGGAAUCACCACGGGUCCCGCUACCGGGAGGUCCGUCGGAUGAACGAGCAGACACGUCCUGACCAGCCACGACCGCCAGAUCUCACUCGACAUGUCGAAUCCAUGAGGAUGACCGAUUGCCCGCCGCCGCCGCCCUCGUCCUCACCAUCCUCCUCCACCGCACCCACUUCCUCGGCUGGGAGGCCUCGAGCCACAGGGAAGAAGGAACGCAAGAAAGAAGAAACGGACGAUGUGUCCAGCUCUAUCCCAGACUUAGAGUUUGACGGGACGACUGUGUUGUGCCGAGUGUGUGGAGACAAGGCCUCAGGUUUCCACUAUGGCGUACACUCCUGCGAGGGCUGCAAGGGAUUCUUCCGUCGCAGCAUCCAGCAGAAGAUCCAGUACCGCCCCUGCACUAAAAACCAGCAGUGCUCCAUCCUUCGCAUCAACAGGAACCGAUGCCAGUACUGCAGGCUCAAGAAGUGCAUCGCUGUGGGCAUGUCGAGGGAUGCUGUGCGCUUCGGGCGUGUGCCUAAACGCGAGAAGGCCAAGAUCCUGGCCGCCAUGCAGAGCGUCAACGCCAGGUCCCAGGAGAGGGCCGUCUUGCAAGAGCUGGAGGAUGACACCCGCGUCACCGCCGCCAUCAUCCGCGCCCACAUGGACACCUGUGACUUCACCAGGGACAAGGUGGCACCCAUGCACCAGCAAGCUCGCACACACCCCAGCUACACACAGUGCCCGCCUACUCUGGCGUGCCCGUUGAACCCACGACCAGUGCCCUUGCAGGGACAACAGGAGCUCGUGCAAGACUUCAGCGAGCGCUUCUCUCCCGCCAUCCGCGGCGUCGUAGAAUUUGCCAAACGUCUGCCAGGCUUCCAACAGCUGCCACAGGAAGACCAAGUGACACUCCUGAAGGCGGGCGUAUUCGAGGUGCUCUUGGUGCGUCUGGCGGGGAUGUUCGACGCCCGCACCAACACCAUGCUGUGCCUGAACGGUCAGCUGCUGCGCCGAGAGGCCCUUCACACUUCAGUCAACGCUCGCUUCCUCAUGGAUUCAAUGUUCGACUUCGCUGAACGUGUCAACAGCCUUUCCUUGAGCGACGCUGAGCUGGCGCUCUUCUGCGCCGUGGUUGUGUUGUCACCAGACCGCCCGGGCCUGCGCAAUGCUGAGCUCGUUGAUCGCGUGCAGAGGCGCCUCAUUAACUGCCUUCGGGCUGUUGUGACCAAGCAUCACCCCGAGAACCCCAGCCUACAGCGCGACCUCCUCUCCAAGAUCCCCGACUUGCGGACUCUCAACACACUGCAUUCAGAGAAGUUGCUCAAAUACAAGAUGACAGAGCACACCGCAGCCGGCACUCCGUGGGACGACUCCCGCUCCUCCUGGAGCAUGGAACAAGAAAGCAGCGUGGGCUCACCCUCAUCUUCCUACACCGCCGACGAGGCCAUGCGCUCCCCAGUGUCGUGCUCUGAAUCCAUCUGCUCCGGCGAAUCCGCCAGCUCCGGCGAGUCGCUGUGCGGAAGUGAAGUGUCUGGCUACACGGAGCUCCGCCCUCCCUUCCCCCUCGUCCGCCGGCGCCACGACCACUCCGAAGGUGCUUCAUCGGGUGACGAGGCGUCCGAAUCUCCUCUGAAGUGCCCCUUCAGCAAAAGAAAAUCGGACAGCCCAGACGACUCGGGAAUUGAGAGCGGGACUGACAGGAGUGACAAGCUGUCCUCCCCGUCGGUGUGUUCUUCGCCUCGAUCAUCCAUUGACGAGAAGAGCGAGGAGGACCGCGAGGAUGACAUGCCAGUGCUGCGCCGUGCCCUGCAGGCGCCCCCCAUUAUCAACACGGAUCUGCUCAUGGAGGAAGCCUACAACAAGCCCCAUAAAAAGUUCCGUCCGCAACGUCGGGAAGAAGAGCCCCACUCCUCCCAGCCCACCUCCUCGCUCCUGGAGCAGACGCUGUCGCAGCCCCCGCAUCACCAGACCUCCUCUCUGGCUGCAACGCACGCCACCUUAGCCUCCACUCUGGCGUCAACACUUGGCUCGCCGAGCUUAGCUGCCUCCCACUCCACUCUCGCUCGCACCCUGCUCGAGGGAUCCAAGAUCUCCGAGGAUGCAAUGCGCCGCGCCGACAUCCUGCACUCCAUGAUCAUGCGCACUGAGGUUCGAGAGCGGUUACCCACUCCGCGAGUGUCACCUGCACCUUAUUACGUUCCGCAGCCCGCUGUGGACCGUGUACAGCCUCCAGCAUCUUCCUGGUCGUGCCCAGCCUCUCGCGGUUGCAGCAGCAGUAGCAGCACCAGUAGCAGCAGCACUAGCGGUAGCCUAAGCCCCAUGCAGCCCACCGUAACCGCACAGCCACGGCUGCACCUCCUCACAACACCCACACCCUCGCGCUAUUACGAGUCGAGGAUGUCGGCCACACCGGUGGGGCUUGGGGCACAGCCGUCUGGCUCUCCAAGUGCUUCUACCAUGAUACAUUCAGGCUUGGGUGCUCAGCCCGGCCAGAGGGAGCCUUCCCCCCUUGUCGAACUGCAGGUCGACAUCGCUGACUCGCAACCGCUCAACCUUUCCAAAAAGACGCCGCCGCCAACGCCACGGGAGUUCGCCAUGGAAGCGUAAUGCAAGGUUGGCCUGCGCUUACCCGAGUACAAAGCCACUGUGUGGCCCCGAUAUUCUCACUCUCAGGCGGACAGAAAGAGGACAGCGCGAGCAGCAGCAGCGACAAGAGGACGAGGAGAGGAGCGGUAGCGUUAAGAUGGAGGAAGAGGACGCAGCAGCUGCCGCAGCGUGCGGGAGGGUCCUGGAGCACGUAGCGACGUGGGUCAGCGCGUGCAGCGCCUCACCGGUGAUGGUAGCAGGGGCGUUGCUGCCUGCUCCCGACCCACCCGCAGCAGCAGUCAUGUACAGGGGGCGGGCGCCAGUCUAAACCCGCCCUAAACUCGGGCCGCCCCAGGUGGACCCAACACUGGCCGCCCGCCCCGCCCAGCUUGUGAGGGCGGGAUUACCACAGGUAGUCCCGCCUGGGCGAGAGCCUAGUGAUGUACCUAGUUCAGUAUUCAUCGCCUCAUGCAGUCUCACCCCCCCGAGGACCACAGUCAUCGCCAUUACUCAUCUCUCAUUACUCAUGGCUAGAUCUCGAUGUCAUAAUUAAUAUUUAGCCCAGUGUCUGGCGAACUGUUUGUUAUGUCAUUAUUAUUACCGUCAUUAUAACUGUCAUUAUUAUUAUUAUCAUUAUUAUUAUUUUUAUUAUUAUUAUCAUCAUUAUUAUUAUCAUCAUUAUUAUUAUUACGUCAUGAUCAUGAUAGCUCGUAAUGUACUCUUAUGGACAUAAGUUUGUCAUAGCAAAUAGUUCCACCGUGUGCUUGUAUGUACAUUUUUGUAAUAUUUGGGAGUUCAAAUUUUGAGUCUUUAAAUAAAUGUGCAAAGAAAUAAAAAA